CUGAAUUAAAAAGCAAAAAGGAUUUACAGCACCUACACUAACCUGUAAGACCACGGCGAACAUGAAGUGAAGAAAGCAAGAAUUUCAAAGAUAAACAACAAAACUUGUGAGUCUCAAAAUGAGUUUUGCUGAGGACGACCUGACCGACGGAUCACUGACAGAACCUUCACGGGAAGAUGAGCAGAAAGAGUCUGAAAUAUAUGAGAACAGCUCGACCAACGAAUUCGACCCAAAAGAUCCGAAAGAUGAAGAUGUGAAGUCGAAAGAUCUUCUUAACGUAAAUCAGAAGCAGAGGAGAACAAUCAGUCCGCUGACUCUUUUCAAAGAGGAUUUAAACCACUUUAAAGAAGAGUUGUUGAACGUGUUUAAGGACAAAGACACAAAGACAACGCAUGAGGACCGGCCAUCAAGUCAAAGAGAAAAUAAACCUGCUGCUAGCACACUGCAUCUUCUGAAAGAGGACUUAAGUCAGUUUAAAGAAGACGUGACCAGCGUCUUCAACAAGGACAAAGACAUGAAGUCUGCAGAUGCUAAAACCAGUCAGUUGAUCAACCCGCUGAGUCUUCUCAAAGAGGACUUCAGUCACUUUAGAGACGACAUCUCCAGCAUCUUCAGAAUCGGCCUUUCAAAGGAGAGAGACAAAAAGGACGAUGACUCCUCAAACGCCGUCAAGAUAAAAGACUCGAUAGCUGAAAGAAGUGAAUGCUCAGACAAACCCUUUACGAAUCUGUUCAGAAAAGAUCAGAGCAAAGUUUUUAAGACUGUCCGAAGACCAGAGAACGUCCAAGAGGAUAAAAAGAUGGUUUCAGAAAAGAGCGAGGAACAAAUGGACAGUGGUUUUAGGGGAAAUCUCUCAGAGCCGAAUGCAGAGACAGUUGACGCCAAGAAAAUGAACAACAACAAGCGAGACGGACGGAAUCAGCUGGAGGAGAGUGAGCUGGAUGUAAACAUCUCUGAGGACGAAACUGAGAGCUUCUCUGAAACACAGAAAAGUGAAGAGAUAUUAACAGCUGAGCAGAAAUGUUGGACUGAAGACAGGAGUGACGACUCCUCUCAGAUGUCAGGAGAAGACGAGAAGAUGGACAAAGAGAAAGAAGAAGACAAAUCUUCUCCGUCCUCUGGGAUCAGUCUCUUCUGUCUGAGAGACACUAACAAAGUCGACAGGAGUGAUCAGCCAGAUGGAGACCUGUGGCUGCUGAAAGACUAUGCCUGUUAUCUGACCUUUGACCCCAACACCGCCAACUCAGAGCUACGUUUGAGUGAUGGCAACAGGAAGGCGACUCGCGUGUGGUCGGACCACCGGCCCUCGGACCACCCGGACCGGUUCAAGAGCUGCCCUCAGCUGCUGUGCAGGGAGGGGCUGCUGGACUCAGCGUACUGGGAGGUAGUGUGGAGCGGCGGCGCUGACAUCGGCGUCACCUACAACAGCAUCUACAGAGACGGAGACGCGGCGAGCUGCCUGCUGGGAUGCAAUGACCUCUCCUGGAGUCUGGAGUGCUCGGAGGGAAGCUACACGCCGAGCUACAACAACAAGAGGCUCAGGUCCUGCUCACCCGAACCCUUCACUCACAGAGUCGGGGUUUACCUGGACUGGGGCGCCGGGUCUCUGUCCUUCUACUGCGUCUCUCGGGACGCCAUGAUCCACCUUCACACCUUUACCUCCACCUUCACAGAGCCGCUAUACCCGGGCUUCUGGGUGUGGGCGUACAACGGCUCAGUGUCGCUGUGUCAGGUGGAGUUAGACUGGGAACGCCUGCUGCAGUGAAGACUGACUGCAGGUGGAGUGAAGGGUAAGGCAGCGUUCAGACUGAAAACAACCCUGCAUUAAUACAGUACAGAGGCUGCAGCUGUGGGUGCCUGCAGGAAGUCAGGUUGGAGCUACAGAUGGUUUAUCAGGCGUCACAGGAUUUUACAACUCUGGAAAGUUAAUCUUGAAGCAAACAGUCAAACACGGCAUUCAUGUUACAAAGUCAUCCACCAGGAAUGUGUGCUCACAUGUAUGUGAUUGGCCAACGCAGCUUCUUGCCAGAUGACAUCGGGUUGCAUUGUGGCAAAAGUUGAGCUCAGUUCAACAUUUUGCUGGACCAAUGCUGCAUUUUUUUUGCUGAACCCUCUGUGGUGGCACCUCUGCUGCUGCCCCCAUUCAGAUGAAUGAGAGAGCUGUGAAACGUCUCAAAGAAGGAUUUUAUGGGUGAUGAGGCUCGCAGAGGAGCUGAUGUGGACUUUUUACGAGUCCGAACACAGUAUUACAGAUCUUGGAUUUGUAACUUGAGAUCUUGGAACAUGGAGGAAUAGUUUGUAUUAUCUGGAGAAGUUAGAAGUAAAGGCCUGUUCUCUAAUAUAAACCUGUCCCAAAUAAAGACCUGGGCCUUGUUUCCCAAUAACGACUGAUCUGAGAAGCUAGAAGUGUUUCUACGAACAAUUUCUACACGUUAGAGUGUUAAGAGAUGUUGUAAACGACACAAAUUCAGUUGAAAACAAAGCUUAAUGUGCUGUGAACAGUCUACAGUCUUUUUAAUUCAUGUUCCUGGAUGGA